AUGCAAUUCUCAUCAGCAAAUAACGAUUCUUCACUUCACAACGCAGGAGAUGCAAAUGCCAAUCCUUUUGAAAUUCCUGUAGACGAAGAUGCUAUUUCGGCUAAUCUUAAUAUGACAAUAGAAUCUGAUGAUGUAGACCUUUCAUCCGCUCAUUCACAUGCGUCUGCUACUCCAAAAUCAACAACAACUGUUAACUCUGAUGCACAAUCGCCUCCCUUAGUAGAAACCAAUAAUCAGUCUAAUCAAUCCAAACUUUAUGCUUCCGGUACCCUCGAUGAACCAGUUUCAAAAACUAUUCUUCGAGACUUGAAAAAUGUUGCAGUUAAGUUGCAACAAGUUCUUCAUCCUAAAGGGAACCGAGAUGUUCUACGAGAUUGGGAUUUGUGGGGACCAUUAAUUCUUUGUUUAUCACUAGCCAUAUUAUUAGGUAUUAGUGCAAAAAAGGAACAAGAAAUUAUGGUGUUUACUAGUGUCUUCACUAUUGUAUGGUUUGGGUCAGCUAUCGUGACGAUAAAUGCGAAACUUUUGGGGGGCAAAGUCGUUUGUGUCAUUGGUUAUUGUAUAUUUCCUUUAGUUAUAGUAGCAUUUGUAGCAAUUUUUGUAAAAAUAGUCUACAUACGGUUACCUUUGGUAGUAUUUGCAUUUUUAUGGUCAUCUUGGGCAUCAGUUAAUUUUCUAUCAUCAUCUCAUUUAUCAAAUCGUCGGCUAUUAGCUGUAUAUCCAUUAUUCUUAUUUUAUUUCGCUAUUGGUUGGAUGGUAUUAAUUUUAUAG